AACAAUACACACAAUGGACGGGUCUGCCCCGCCACCUUCUUGGGGGGAAAAUCCACACCGACCAAAGCCAUGAAGUGCACCGGAGAUGAGGAGUAUUGUUUCGAGUUUAUAAGCGACAGGACUGAAAAAAAGUAUGAAACUGGCUGUGCGUCACAUAGAUCUUGUUAUAUAAAAAAUUUAAUUGCUGAAUUCUAUGUUGAUCAAUGGGAAUCAUCAUUUGCACAAAAAUCCUGCAAAAUAGCGAAUGCAACAAGUUCUUUACCAGUGGUCAACACUUUGUUAUGCUGGCAAUGCCAUGGAUCGCUUGACCUCAAAUGUGAACAGUCUGUAAUGUGUUCAGCAGAAUAUGAUGCGUGUGUCACCAUAAUCUCAAAGACUACAUAUGGACAAAGGAAACACAUACAACUCUUCAAAAGAUGUGGAUUUUUAAAGGAGUGCAAUAGAGCUGGGACCAUCACUAGUGCCCAGAAGAGCAUAUCCAAAAACACCACCUGCUGUCAUUCUGACCACUGUAUUUCUCCAAUGCCAACCUUGCCCUCAGAAAACAAUGAAACCAAUGGACUCAUCUGUGAAUCCUGUUAUCUUAAAGAAUACGGUAGCUGCUCUGGUAGAGAUCGCAUCGCUUGUACCGGGAACGCAACGCAAUGUAUUUCUUACACAGAGAGAGUGAAAGAUGGGGAUUUUACAAGCAGAGAAGUCUUACAUGGUUGCACCCACCCCAGUUUAUGUGAAAAUGAAGAUAUAACGGUGACCUAUGAUGAUAUAAUCAUACAGGAAAAUAAACUAUGUAGAAUUCCAUCAAAAAGCAGCAAACAUCUUCCCAACAUCCUAUGUGCAAUUGUCUUGUUUGUGAUGUGGUCAAAGUUAAUGUGGAAUAUGUAAUUUAAGAGUACCUGUCAUUUGGGAAAACUUUUGACAUGUCCUAGUGACAUGUCAAAAGUUUUGAUCAGCCGAGGUCUGCGUUCUGCCCACUCCUCUCUCUGCUCUGUGUCACAUGAUGGAGACGUGCACCAUAGACUUAUAUUGUGAGUGUGUCGUGAUCACGUGACACAGAGUUGGGGGAGAGCGUGUCAAGUAUAAAUUUCUCUCAGCUCGUUAUGCUGAUUGGCGGAGGUCUGAACACUCACUAGGACACGUCAAAAAGUUUUUUUUAAAUGACAUCCAUAUCGUCAUUUGCAAGAUUACAAUAAAAUAGAAUGUGUCAUCAGAA